UAUCUACAUAUUUGAUACUUCUCAUUUUCCCACCAGAAAGAAAGUUGAGCUUAAAAUCUAAUUGAUGGCAUUAUCAAGAACAAGAUCCUCUAAACUAUCUAUCAGCAAGUCCCUGGGUCGGAUUAGGGUUCGUUCACCAUCGAUUCGAGGCAAACCCACAUCAAAAUUCAUAGAUGAUGAUCAAAAGAUAGAAUUUUUGGGCAGUGAAAUGGAGAAUUUUGGUGAUAAAAAUGGGAACAAGGUUAUGGUUGUGGUUGAUUCAAGCCUUGAAGCUAAAGGAGCUCUUGAAUGGGCACUUUCUCAUACUGUUCAAAGCCAAGAUACUAUUAUUCUUCUGUUUGUUAGCAAGAUAUCCAAAAAAGGUCCUGAUUGCAACUUGAAGGUUAAUUUAAGGGCUACUGAACUCCUUCACUCCAUGAAAAAUGUCUGUCAAAGGAGAAGGCCUGGGGUGCAAAUAGAGGUAGCUAUACGUGAAGGGAAAGACAAGGGUCCAAUAAUAGUGGAAGAAGCAAAGCAGCAAAAGGUAUCGCUGCUAGUCUUAGGACAAAGAAAACGCUUCUUUAUGUGGCGGAUACUGAAGCGGUGGGCCGGCAAGAGAAACGGCGGCAGUGGUGGAGAAGCUGUUGAGUACUGCAUCCAAAAUUCUUCAUGCAUGACAAUUGCUGUGAGAAGAAAGGGCAAAAAGCUUGGAGGCUAUUUGAUCACUACCAAACGCCAUAAAAAUUUUUGGCUUUUGGCUUAGAUUAUGCUUUUUUCUUUGUAUAAUUUGUAUUUUAUUUGUAUGAUUAUGGGGAAGAAAUGUAAUCCAGGUUGCAACAUUUGCUGCUUAAUUGUCUGCAAUGGAAUUUGAAAUGGAAGAAAAAAUUAGUCUUCUUUUCUUUUUA